AUGGAUUCUUCAAGAUUCAAUCAACUGAGUAUUACUAAUUCAAGCGAUUUUAAUCCUGACAACUCCAGCCUUAAUCACAAGCGACAGAUCAAAAACUCAAGUGGUGAUCCUACCGAGUUCUUUAAAAAACAGCGAAUCGGAGACAAUGGUUUUUUCCGUUUCAGUGAUGCUUUUUAUAACGCAUUGCUAUCAACUUCAACAACUUCAUCGGAAUCGGAAGCAAUGGUAGAUAAUUUGUUAGUGGAUGAUCAAUUUAGUAAUCUUCCUGACGAUAUCAUCCACCAAAUUAUUUCAGACCUUGAAAACAAAGACUUGGCUGGUCUUAAUUUGACUUCGCGGAGGUUCAGAGAUUUAUGUCUUACGAGACCUUGUCCGAUAUUUGAUUCUACAAAACAUCUUUCAAAUAGAUUGCAACGCCAUGAGUUUAUAUUACAUAUUACUAACUUUUUCGCUAAGCGUAAAAAGGUUAAGAGCAAUAAGGAGAUAAAGCGAUUUUCUCUUCGUUGGCAUUGUCAGGAUGAGCGUAAUCAUCUUGUCGAUGAACGUAUUUUGGUAGAGCAGUGGAUUGAUGAAGUGCUGGAUUCCAGUUUCAGUGUUCGCGAGCUUGUUCUUCACCUUGGUUGGCCGGAGAGAAAGCUGAGCAGACCGUUUUUGCUUCCUGUAAACCAAUCGUUAAAGUAUUUGGAAUUAUAUUUGUAUGGAAAAAAUCUGACAUUACCGUCUGUUAAUCCGAAUUCUGAUAUGGUCUCCCUGGAGAAGUUGUCGCUGUUUAUGGUAAAAGUUGACGAGAAUCAGAAUCUGGGCGAAUGGAUUUCACAGUCUUGCAAGAAACUUAAUAGAUUAGUCUUAAACGACUGUGCUGGGUUAAGUAAUCUCGAGAUAAAAAGCGAUUCCAUCGAACAGCUCACAUACGAAUGCACGAGUGAGAUUAAUGAAUUUCUCGGUUUUCAUAUUUCAGCUACGAAUCUAAAACAAUUGCAUAUAACUUGGAAAUUCUUGCCAUCUAAUAAUAAAUCUGUAACACUCCAUACCCCGAAUCUUGAAUUUCUGAACUGGAAUUGUUAUCCUGUACAGAAUUGUGAUAUAGACCAACUCAACUCGCUAAAGCGUGCUUCUGUUUCGUUUCCAUCGCCAUCGCUGAUUCAUCUACCUCGCGGUCAUAUUAGUGCCAAUGGUUUGAGCAAGCUGAUGCAGUCUAUACAAGCUGUUAAAUUCCUGAAUUUGAACAGUUUGUAUAUAGAGACAUUGUUUAUAAACGGUUUUGAGUCUAUUGAGUUCAGGAAUUUGGAGAAGUUGCAAGUGGAAUAUUAUGGCAAAAUGGACGGUAAACAAUUGGGCAUGAUAUAUUCGUUUCUGAAAACAGCAAGAAAUCUGGAAUUAGUUAGCACUUCCAUAUACGGCGGCCGUAACAUUUUCACACCUGUUAGUAAAUCUCUCGAGUUUCAGAAUCUACCCAUUUCAGAGUUUCAGAAUCGGAUAGCCCGUAUGAAAUUCUGGAAAACUAAAUUUGCAAGUAAUGGAUAG